UUUAUUUAUCAACAAGACUAUAGGUAAGCGAAAGGCAGCCUCCGACCAAGAAGGAAGCAGCAAGCAAGGGCAGAGUUUGGGCUCAAUUCAUUGCAGAAAUAAAAAAUAAAAAAUGGAAGAAGCAGAUGAGAUGGUAACGCCAGGAGAGGUAUUAGGAAGAGCCACUGAUCUGAAAGCAGGGAAAGGAGCGUACGCCGCCUCUCACAACAACACCAUCUACGCUUCCCUUACCGGCUUCCGCCGCAUCCAGGCCCCUCCUCCCGCUUCCCAUGACAAGAGACCAACUGUGGAGGUAACUGGUCACAAAGCCCAUGGUCCUGUUCCAGAACCCGGUUCGGUUGUCAUUGCCCGAGUUACUAAGGUGAUGGCUAGGACAGCAUCAGCUGAUAUAAUGUGUGUUGGUCCGAAAUCUGUGAGAGAAAAAUUCACUGGUAUAAUUAGGCAACAGGAUGUUAGAGCUACUGAAAUUGACAAAGUGGAUAUGCAUUUGUCAUUUCGUCCUGGCGAUAUUGUCAGAGCAGUAGUGCUGUCUCUUGGAGAUGCACGGGCUUAUUACCUAUCCACGGCUAAGAACGAAUUAGGCAUCGUGUCUGCUGAAAGCUCAGCUGGUGCAACAAUGGUUCCGAUAAGUUGGACUGAGAUGCAGUGCCCAUUGACUGGCCAAAUCGAGCUAAGGAAGGUGGCGAAGGUCGUUAACUAACCCAACUGAUACCAAGCUAAGCUAGUAACAGCCUCAAAUGUACUCAAUUUCAAGUUUUGGCUAUUUGAGAAACAUGGUUUUAGGCAAUUUUGUAUCACAAAGCCCUUCCCUCCCUUAUAUGUACCCAUAUUUUCAGGUUUUAACUUUCUUGUUCCAUUUUGUAAAACUAUAUAUUGGUGGAGAAUUUGAAACAUGUUUUCUUUGUGUUUGACUUA